AUGUCCCUCAAGAUCGCCGUCAUCGCCUGCAUGGUUGUCGUGGCCUUGGCUGAUCAGGCCCCCUACCCUCCUCCUCCUGGCCCCUACCACCCUCACAACGGCCCUACAGCGAACCUGACUACCCUGAUUUUUUUCCAAAAAGGCCCUACUCCGGCGUCAACCUCGGCCACUCGGAAGCCCGCGACGGCUACAGGACCGAGGGCAGCUACAGCGUCGACCCUCCCCGACGGCCGCAAGCAGAUCGUCAAGUACGUGGACAACGGCGACGGUCUUGAAACUGAGAUCACCUACGGGGGCGAGGCUCAGUACCCUGAGCACACGCCCGCCUCCCAGGCCCCCCCCCCAGCCUACCCUGCUCCCCAUGCAUCGCCGUCAUGGCCUGCAUGGUUGUCGUGGCCUUGGGGUGGUCAGGCCCCCUACCCCCCUCCUCCUGGCCCCUACCACCCUCAGCAACGGCCCUACAGCGAACCUGAUUACCCUGAUGUCCCACCCAAGUACACCUACAACUACGGCGUCGCCGACGGCUACUCCGGCGUCAACCUCGGCCACUCGGAAGCCCGCGACGGCUACAGGACCGAAGGCAGCUACAGCGUCGACCUCCCCGACGGCCGCAAGCAGAUCGUCAACUACGUGGACAACGGCGACGGCCUUGAAACUGAGAUCACCUACGAGGGCGAGGCUCAGUACCCUGAGCACACGCCCGCCAACAGGCCCCCUCCCCCCGCCUACCCUGCUCCCCAUGCUUAG